AUGUCGCUCUCCUCUGGCCCUUCCGGCGGCUUGGCGGGGGACCUGCAGCCCUACCAGCACAUCUGCUCUCCAAGAGACGUGGAGUCCAAUGUGGACCCGGCCAGCUACGAGCACUUCAUCGAGACCUUGCGCCAGGGCUCCGCGGGGGCGCUGCGGGUGGCCGCGGCAGCGCGGGUGCUGCAGCGGGAGGCCCACCAGACCUCCACCUUCGCCAAGGCAGCCUUGGGCGCCGCCACGUCAAUCUUGGACAACCCAGAUGGGACUUCUGCCGUGCUGGCCAAGAGAGAGACUCAACGCUAUGCAAUAGCUUGGUGGAAUCGAUAUUUCAAAGAUCUCACCAAGUCAGAGCCAAGACGGAUAAGAGCACGGCGGAGCAUGACGGAUGCCAAAGCUCAGAAGGAGGAGAUGCAGGCCAAGGUGGCAGAACUGGAGUCUAUCAACAGAGAGGAGUUUCAGAAGCGGCUGAGCGAUCAGCAGAGCGACCUGACUAAGAGGGAGACUGACUACGCCAUGAAUACUCAGAGCAACGUGCAGAUGAAGCUGCAGAUGGCUGAGGCAAAGGGCGAUCACGCCAAAGCUGCCAAGUAUCGGGACAUGCUGGAAGACUACUAUGGCAAGCGCGAGAGAGAACAGGUCAGCAUACAGGAAGCCAAACAGGAUAUCGCCAAGCAGCGGAGAUUCAUCGCAAAGUUGCCGAUGGAGAUCCGCACGACCAAGAGCAGGUUGAAGUCCGCCGGCCAGCGCUACGAAAACGCCGAGAAGAUGCUGGGCCACAUCCGUGGUGAGCUGCUGGCGCCUGGGGAAAACACCCAAGGCGCGGCCAACGUGGUGCUUGGUACCGGGUCCUGCGGUUUCGAGCCAGGCCUCCAGAAUCUGAAGUAUGCAGCGGAGCAGGAGGCCGCUGCUACGGCCACAGAGGCGGAGGCAGCCAAGGAUCUGGGCGAGGCAGCGCUGGACCAGACGGAGGCCAAUCUCUUUGAGCAGGAGGCACAGACUCUGGAUGCAGACGUUGCCUCGGAGACCGCGGGAUCUGAACUGCUCGUCGCCGAGAGCGAGACAGCUGCCAAGGACAGCCUGGCGGAGCUCUCGGAGCAGGUGCAGACUGUGGCCGACGGCAUCUCCGACUCCGUGAAGGCGCUGCCGGUGGCGGAGGGCGGCUUAGACGCGGCGGCGGACGCCGCGGUGGAUGCCGUGGCGGCGGCCGCGGGCGGCGCUGCUGCGGAGGAUGCUGCCCUCACUGUUGCAGCUGGGACCAUUGCGGAAGAGGGGCCCAAAGUGGUCGCAGCCGCACAGGAGGAGUGGGCCCUGGGCUCCUCCGAGAUCCAGGCGGCCAACGACCAGCGUGUGGCCAUCGAGAAGGACGUGCAGGCAACAGCCCUGGAGGGAGACGUGCCGCUGCUGCAAGCGGGCGCGGACUCCGCCCACGAGGCCGCCGCGGCGAGCGCCAUGGCGGCGGUUGGAUACCUGACAGCGGCCUCUACAUCACAAGUGCUGGCAAUGGCGGUGCAGGUACCCAUCUUGGUGGUGGUGCUGACCCAGCGAGCAUCGCUGACCACAUGGGCAAGCGGCAGGAAGGCGUCGCACCCUUGCUGGCUGGACUUUCGUAUGCUGCUUUUGCCCGAGCCUCAGCUACAAGGCCCGAAUCUUGGCAGAGACCGUGAGGGACUCUGGUUUGUCAAUGGCAACUCACCGGUCAUCCAAUGUACGGAAGUGUCAGCGAAUGCACGUGGCUGGACUCAGUAUGGCGUCAUCUUGGCCUCGGUUCUCAACCCCUGGGCCAACGUUGUCAUGAUGGCAGCGACGCGACUUGGCAACGAAGACCGGCCGCAGGCAAUCUGCAGGCAACAGGUUUGUGUGAACGUGAAUUGA